AUGAUCGAACCCUUUGGGAACCAAUAUAUUGUGGCUCGGCCAGUGUAUUCUAAAAAGGGUUUCGAGGAAGAACAUGAGAAGAAAUACAGAUAUCAUAAGACAUUUCUGGAUAAUCUUCGUGAAUGCUGUAGCUGCUCCUCACGAAAGGCCAAGAAGAUCGCGCUUUCCUUUUUACCCAUAGCAUCUUGGUUACCAGCAUACCAGAUAAAGAAGUGGCUGCUUAGUGACAUUGUUUCUGGGAUCAGUACAGGGCUGGUGGCUGUACUGCAAGGUCUGGCUUUUGCCCUGCUGGUCACUGUCCCCGCAGGCUAUGGGCUAUAUGCAGCAUUUUUCCCAUGCAUCAUCUACUUCUUCUUCGGAACCUCUAGACACAUAUCUGUGGGUCCAUUUCCAGUUCUGAGCAUGAUGGUGGGAGCGGUGGUUACAAGGUUAGUCCCAGAUCCCAGCGUGAAUGCCACAGAGUCCUCCGGUACCUCUGUGAGUACUAAUGCGACACUUCUGGAUCAGGAGCGGGUGAUGGUGGCUGCCAGUGUCACCGUCCUUUCUGGAAUCAUCCAGUUACUUCUAGGGGUUCUGAGGAUUGGAUUCGUGGUCAUCUACCUUUCUGAUUCCCUCAUCAGUGGCUUCACCACAGCAGCUGCUAUCCAUGUUUUGGUCUCCCAACUCAAAUUUAUGCUUCAGCUGACUGUCCCAGCACAUACGGAUCCAUUUUCCAUUUUCAAAGUUCUAGUGUCCAUAUUCUCACAAAUAAGGGAUACUAAUAUUGCAGACCUGGUGACAUCCCUGAUUAUUCUGGUGAUUGUGUUUGUGGUUAAAGAAGUAAAUCAGCGCUUCAAAGCCAAGCUUCCGGUGCCCAUUCCGAUUGAGCUCUUUGUGACUGUGAUUGCAACAGGUGUGUCGUAUGGCUGUGACUUCAAAAAUCGCUUUGGCGUGGCUGUGGUGGGGAAGAUGCAAAGUGGAUUUCAGCCUCCUCUUACACCUAGCGUGGACAUUUUCCAAAAGACCAUAGGGGACAGCUUUGCCAUUGCAAUUGUUGGCUUUGCAGUGGCCUUUUCAGUUGCCAGCGUCUAUUCCCUCAAAUAUGAUUAUCCCAUCGAUGGCAACCAGGAGUUAAUAGCCUUCGGAUUGGGUAAUAUAUGUGGAGGAGCCUUCAGAGGAUUUGCAUCAAGUACCGCCCUCUCCAGAUCCGGGGUUCAGGAGAGCACUGGAGGCAAAACCCAGAUUGCCGGGCUUCUCUCUGCCAUCAUCGUGCUGAUUGUCAUUGUUGCUAUUGGGUUUCUCCUGGAGCCACUGCAGAAGUCCGUCCUGGCAGCUUUAGCACUUGGAAAUUUAAAGGGAAUGCUGAUGCAGUUUGCUGAAAUAGGAAGACUGUGGAAAAAGGAUAAAUACGAUUGUUUAAUUUGGGUGGUGACCUUCCUCUGUGCCAUCGUCCUGGGCCUUGGUUUAGGCCUGGCAGCCAGCGUUGCAUUUCAGCUCCUGACCAUUGUGUUCCGGACCCAAUUUCCAAAAUGCAGCACGCUGGCUAAUGUUGGAAGGAGCAACAUCUAUAAGAAUAGAAAAGAUUUCUCUGAUAUGUAUGAGCCAGAAGGAGUGAAAAUCUUCAGAUGUCCAUCACCUCUCUACUUUGCAAACAUUGGUUUCUUUAAGCAGAAACUUAUCAGUGCUAUUGGCUUCAAUCCACUUCGAAUUCUCCGCAAGCGCAACAAAGCUUUGAAGAAAAUCCGAAGACUGCUGAAGAAAAAGCAGAUACAAGUGACACCGAAAGGACUGAUAUACACUGCAGAUGCCAUCAAAGAUUCUGAUGACGAGCUGGACAAUAACCAGAUAGAAGAACUGGAUCAGCCAGUCAAUACCAAAGACCUCCCCUUCCAGAUAGACUGGAAUAGUGAUCUACCUCCCUUUCUUAUGGUGCCCAAAGUCCACAUCCACAGCCUCAUCCUUGAUUUUUCAGCAGUGUCAUUUCUUGACGUCUCUUCAGUGAGGAGUCUCAAAACGAUUUUGCAAGAAUUUGUGAGGAUCCAAGUGGAUGUGUAUAUUGUGGGAAUUGAUGAUGAGCUGGUUGAGCAGCUUGCCCGGUGUCAGUUUUUUGAUGCUGAAGUCAAAGACUCGAUAUUUUUCCUAACCAUCCAUGAUGCAGUUCUGCAUUGUUUGAUGAAGAAGGAUUACAAUAUUUCAAAGUUUAAUCCCACUCAGGAAAAAGAAAUGGCAUAUGACUUUACCAUCAAUACCAAUGGAGGACUGCGCAAUCGCGAGUGUCAGGUGCCAGUUGAAACAAGGUUUUAA